AUGGCUCGGGGAGUCCUGAUGCUGACGUUUUGGAGGCCCAAGUUAACAGUCUUGAUUUUGAUUGUGCUCAGCCUGGUGCUGCACAUCUUGAUCGCUCUGUUGCCUGUUCAGGAGCUAAGUGGUCAGGAAAACUGUGCCCAUUACCCACAGGCGGCUGCUGGCCAGAAUGUUCCUCUGCUCCCAAACCGAUCAGUGAUGAAGAGCAAGCAGUCAAAGACAAACAGAGAACUUCAGAAUUAUGCCAGCACCAGGAUAUCUGGCCGUGCUUCUCAAUCCCUGGAUUCAAAUAUCAAGAGCCAGAUAUUCCAUCAAAAGAAACAUGCAGAGUCAGGCUUUAAGCUGGAGAGUAAACUUCAGAGGGAGCGCUUUAAGUCAAACAUCUCCAAACUGACUGCAUUGUUUCAACAUCCACUGUACAACAUCCCGAUUCCAACACUGACACCAGACGAUCAGCUGUUCUCUGAGAGUUCAGCAGAAAAAUUCAAUCCGAAAAGCAAAAACCCUGAUGGCUGGGUCAGUCAUGAGGAGGAAUAUGUCCUUCCAGUUGAUGAUUCCUCUCCUGGAAGUUACACAAAUUGGAUGAAAUUCUUUCUUGGAAUUAAUCGUUAUGAAUUGUACUCACGCAACAGCAGCAUCGUUGCCCCUUUAUUAAAAGAGCUCAGCACCAGCAAGAUUGUCCGUGUUGUUCAAAAACGUGGUGGGACCCAGUUGAAGUUGACAAUAUCGUUGGAGGAUUAUGGCAAAGCGUUGUUUAAACCAAUAAAACAGACUCGGGAAGAGGAAACCUCUGUUGACCUGUUCUACUUUUCUGAUUUUGAACGUCACAAUGCGGAGAUUGCUGCUUUUCACUUGGAUCGAAUUUUAGGUUUCCGAAGAAUUCCUCCAACUUCGGGUCGUCAGGUCGACGUGGUAAAGGAGAUCCGAGAGCGGACAUUCGACAGACACCUAGAGAGGACUUUCUUCAUCUCCCCCGCGGGCAAUGUUUGUUUCUAUGGCGAUUGCUCCUAUUACUGUGACAUGGAGCACCCUCUGUGUGGAAAACCACAUCUGAUGGAGGGCUCGAUGGCAGCUUACCUCCCUGAUGUGAAUCUUGCUAAACGUCUCUCCUGGAGGAAUCCCUGGAGACGCUCCUACCACAAGAGCAAGAAGGCCAAGUGGGAGACGGACCCCUCUUACUGCGAUCAUAUUCAGAAAACAUCGCCCUACAAAGAAAGCAGCCGGCUGCUGGAUGUGAUGGACAUGACCGUCCUGGACUUCCUGAUGGGAAACAUGGACCGACAUCACUAUGAAACAUUUCAGAAAUUUGGGAAUGAGAGCUUCAUCCUUCACUUGGACAACGGUCGAGCGUUUGGACGGCAUUCUCGGGAUGAGCCCUCGAUCCUGGCCCCUCUCAGACAAUGCUGCAGGAUCCGCAGAGGGACAUUUCUCCGGCUGCAGCUCCUAGCCACUGACCACUACAAGCUGAGUGACGUGAUGAGGGAGUCUCUGCUGAGUGACAGCCUCACACCGAUCCUGAGUGAACCUCACCUGACUGCCCUGAACCGCAGGCUGGACACCAUCCUGAAAACCGUCAGAAACUGUAUCCAGCAGCACGGUGAACACACAGUCCUGCGCCAUGACCUGGGAGCACAGCGUGUCAGUCAGUAACAGGGUGAGGGCAGUG